AUGCAGAAAUCAGUGUCCAAUUGUAUUUCUGCCUUUUCACAUAUUCCUGAAACAUUAUUUGUGAUUUCACUAUUAAAACGGACCACUGACGGACCAAAAAAGAUUGAACGCCUCCCCAAAGAAAUUGGAAGGGUUAACGAAGAACUAUUUUUUGAAAGAACAGCAAUAAAUUUGCUAUUUCUGAAACAGCAAAUUUUAACACAACGUUUAGAAAAGCGAUGUGACCAUAGAAAACGGACAAUUGACGGACCAAAAACGGUUGAACGGCUGCCCAAAAACGUGGAUAAAAGAAUGAAGAAAAAAAAUAAGGAGGGGGGAGGGGAGGGUGAAUUAGAAGGAUUAAGGCAGGACUUUGGGUUUUCCGCUACUGUCAUUUCUGACAUUCAAAGAAAAAGGACCAUGGAGUUACCAAAAACAGUUGACCAAGAAUGUUUUCAAGAUUACCGAUAA